AUGAAUCGUCGAAGUCACAGGAAAUCUCGUCUUGGCUGCCAGGAGUGUAAGCGUCGCCACAUCAAAUGUGAUGAGAAGCGGCCAACCUGCGCUCACUGUACCAUUACUCAUCGAACCUGCAAAUAUGUCGCUUCUCCCGCCGCGGCCAUAGAAAUCACCGCCUCCGCUUCCGCCGCCACCGCCACCGGCCCGGAAAGUACAAGCCAUCUAGAUGAAGCCCCGAGUCCCGGCCCGAAUUCUAACGCAACGCCAACAGCACACAUUCCUCCCGGGACACAAACCAGAACCGUCGUGGGCCUACAUGGAAAUCCCUAUGGCGCGGGUAUUCUCUCCAGUCCGGGGUUGAGCGCAGUGGUGGGUAACGUGGUGAACAUGAACCACAUGGAAUUCCUCCUACACUACAAACCAUCCAUCGCAAUCCCUGAAUUAGACACGCAAAUGGACCCGAUCGCAACCACAGUAAUGAACAAGCUAGCUCUCGAGUUUCCCUGGCUACUUCACGAGAUACUAGCCAUCUCAUCGCGACACCUGGCCGUGGUGACGCCAGACAAAGCCGGCCACUACCUCGCCGAAGCCUCCCAGCUUCAGACGCAGGCAAUCAAUCUCUUCAACUCGGAACGACUGGUGAUCAAUGAGAGGAACUGUUCGGCCGCGCUACUCUUCUCGUCCAUUCUCGGCCGUCACAUGUUAGUAGACACAUUAUCAGGCAUCGAGUCGGACGGCGCCGUGCUCUUGGAUGAUUACUGUCGCUACGUGCACGUCCACCGCGGUCUGCGUGCCAUCGCAUCCGACGCAUGGCAACUCUUGCCUGAAUCGGAAUUAUGGCCACUCCUUCUCUUCAGCGGUAUCCAGCGGCCUAGGAAAGCGUACGGAACCGAGCUAGGUGACCUCCGUCGCUGGAUUGAGGAAGAGUCGCGUGGGUUAGACGAGAACACCCUCAAGAUAUGUCUUGGAGCGGUAGAGCUAUUACAGGUUGGUCUGGACGAGGUAGCGGCCGCCAAGACACAUACGCGCGUGCACCAGAUGGCCUUCAUUUGGUCCGUCUGCGUCGAUGCCAAGUUCAUUGAUCUUGUCGUGAAGCGCUUGCCGCAAGCACUAGUCAUCCUCGCGCAUUAUGCGGCACUUUUACAUCAUUCUAGGAGUCUUUGGCAGAUCCGCGAUGCGGGACAUAGGUUCUUGCAUACGAUUUGUAGUGUUUUAGGAACUUGUUAUGAGGAGCGGCUCCUGUGGGUGAGGAAUUUGGUAUUUGGAUCCGAGGGUUAA